GCUGCAGAGGACAAUGACGGAGAAGAGACAAAGCCCAAGUUAAAGCCUGGUUUUGUUCCCGGCUUGGCACCUCCUAAAAUCCCAGAUGGAGAAAAAGUUGACUUUGAUGACAUUCAUCGAAAGCGAAUGGAGAAGGACAUGACUGAGCUGCACACUCUGAUCGACGCUCACUUUGAGAAGCGUAAGAAAGAGGAAGAGGAGCUCGUUACCCUCACAGAUCGCAUCGAGACUCGCAGGUCAGACAGAGCAGACCAGAUGAAGAUAAGAUCAGAGAGAGACAGAGAACGGCAGAACAAACAAGCUGAAGAGAAAGCCAGAAAAGAAGAGGAAGAGGCGAAGAAGAAAGCAGAAGUUGAUGCAAGGAAGAAGAUGAUUCUGUCCAACUUGAGCUUCACUGGAUACAAGGAAACACAGCCUGGCCCAAAAAAACAGACGGAAAGAGAAAAGAAGAAGAAGAUCCUAAAUGAUCGACGCAAAGAAUUAAAUGUUGAUCACAUGAAGGAGGAGAAACUCCGGGAAAAAGCCAAAGAACUGUGGGACUGGUUGCGUCAGCUGGAGGCCGAGAAAUUUGAACUUCAAUACACGCAGGCGAAGCAAAAGUAUGAGGUCACCGUGCUGAGAAACCGAGUCAGUGACCAUCAGAAAGUUUCAAAGGGCAGAAAAACCAAGCGUGGCCUGAGGAAGUAACAUCUGACGUAGACCUGAGGGAAACUGCCGACACCUGACAUUUAUUGAGACUAACACAAACCGCAUAAUGUUUUCUAAAUACUUGAACAUGCAAGAGGAGUACAUGUGCAGGAAUAAAGCAGUAUAGUAGCAGACUGAUCGUGUUACAGCUUGUGUUUAUUAAAGAGGGAUUUGACAGGAGGUGUGUAAACACAUUAAAAUUAAUCUGCCGUCUGGAAGUACGACACGAUGACAAUGUUAAUGUUGUACUCGUCCGACCACUAAAUCUGUGAGUACUAA